AUCAGAAGACAGGCAAGCUUCAGCGUCAACGACAGCAAUGAGCGAUGCCGUCCCCGUCCCUGAGCCCGCAGACGGGCAUGAUCCUCUCCUGUCUGUACUGUUGAACGUUAGACAGGCAACCCUGCAGCGCCUGAUGGAGUGGCACGUGGGGUGGGUGGAGGUGGGUGGGUUCAGCGAGCCCCAGGGGCGGUGGUUGUACUCGCUGGUGUGCUGCCUUGAGACGCCCCUCACCCCAGAGCUUGGGGACAACCUCAGGAAGCUGGUCUUCCUCUGCGCCGCCGCCAGAGCUGCUCUCGACUCUGCAGCUCAUCCACACCUGUCACAGCUCAACACACUCAUCACCAUCGUCACCAGGUUCUUCAACCAGGAGGACCUGGCAGAUCCGCGCUAAUAUUUUCACUAAAAGUUCAGCUGGCAAGCUUAUAUGUUACGCGAUGUUCUUCUAAUUAAUCCUCAAUUGCAGUUUCGCCUCAUUUUUU